GACAAAGCGGCCCUAUUUCUUUUCAUCCAGAAAAAGUCGAAGAACCUGAAAAGCGACGAUGUACGCCCGAACAAACACCGGCAGCGCACAUGGAGACUUCCAGGAUCGAAACGGAGUAAAUUAUGUGACAUCGACAGAGACCUUCGGUCACUGCUCUCAAUUGUUCUGGAAAAAGGAUCCGAACGACUCCGGACCGAGUUCGACCAUCAGUUGGUGUGAUCAGCUCCCUUCGUCCUCAGCAGCCCUCACCGCCUCCAGUCUGUCUGCAGCGUCACUGACUACCUCCAGUCUUUCCCUGGACUCCAGAGCACCAGCCCCUGCAACGACAACUGUGCCAGAUGACAUGGAAUCAGACGAGAGGCCAUACACCUGUGACAUGUGCACCUGCGCCUACAAGCACGCCAGCUCCCUGCUCAACCACAAGCUCACACACAAGACAGGAGACUUCAGAUGUGAUUUUUGCAGCAAGCCCUACACCAACUACAUGUCCCUACGCAACCAUAUGCGAAUUCACGGUCAGAAGCGCUACAUGUGCGACUUGUGCGGGAAGGCCUUCCGUUUGGCCCGGUACCUCCGUAACCACCAGAGGAUCCACGAUGACGGACCCAACCGCUUUGAUUGUCCCUCUUGCUGUAAGAGCUACAGGACCAUGCUGGAGCUGGCCCAGCAUCGCUGCACCUCUGCUUCAACUAGCCAGUCUGGCAGUCGCAGGUCCAAUUUCCCCGCCACUCCUCGCCGUCAGCAGCAGCGGCAGAACAAUGCUAACGCCAUGAUGCAACAGCAGCAUGGAGGACACGGCCGGCAGGACUCUCUUCCCUCCCACUGUGUGUCACCAAUGUCUCAGGGCGGGCAAGGCGGCAACGUGGCCAGCCAGUCCAUACCCGACCCCCACCAGCAGGGCCGUCCCAGUUCAGUGUCCUCCCAGAGCAGCCAGCAGAGCAUGAGGAGCUCGUCCUCCAACAAACACGUCUCCUCCUCCAGCGCUGCCCCAUCCUCCUCUUACUCCCUGCUCCAGCCCCUGGUGCCUGAGGUAAAGGAGAUGAGCUUGGGAUACACUAGGCUGAGCGCCAACCCUAUGCCGAAGCACCAGGACACUUUCUCUCUGGCCCCCCAGCGGCCCCUCACCACCAUCAACCCCAUUGGCCACUCCCUCCAUCCGAACGGAGCGCCCACGCUCAAGCCUUCCCCCGUGCCACGCACCAUCCAGGCCAUGCCCUGGGAGCAGCGCUCCCUCUACAAUCAAUGAGACCUCCACCCCUCCCCAUCCCCUUCACUUCGCAUCUGCCACCCCCCCCUCUUCGUCCCCACCCAUUUCGGAUCCAGCAUCAAGGACGGAGGACUCCAGAGGCGCCCCCCCUCCACCUCGCCCCUCCUUUUGGAACGUUAUGUUUGGGAUCAGGGACGGGCACUAUUGAGAACUAGUUAAGAUUGAUUACCAAGUAGUUAGGUUAAAAAUGUGUUGCCUUGACCCUUAUGUAUGAUCUAUGCCAUGUACUGGAUAUAAGUUAAAAUGUCCCCUAAUCUGUCCUCUCACCGAGAAUUUAUCCUCCCCCCCCAACUCUAGUUAUGAAAAUAUCUAUCCUCCCCAUUAUGAAUAGUGUCUCUCCUCACCCCCCACUCUCCUUAUCCAUAUGUUAAAAGAAACAAGAGGCUAUUUUUUAUCAACAGUGUGUCCCAAGCCCUGAACCCUGAAGUUGUCAAAGUAAAUGUGACAAAAAAUUCUCCAUUUCAGUUUGAUAUGUUUCCGAACAUAAAACCCAACUUUUUGCUAAAGGAGGCUUCUGGAAAGUAAAGGGAAAGGGGGAAACAAACUUUUUUUUAAACGUACCCCUUCAACAUGCUCCAGAAUGAACUUUGUGUAUAUUGUGCGUUAGGAGGUUUCAUGGCUAUUUCAAAAAGUCGUUUCCGUUCUGUUCGACGUUACAGCACCCACACCUCUCAUCUCUGAGCACCAGGCAACAGCGAGGACCACAACUAUUGUUCAGCAAAGCAUUUUGGGAAAAGUGCAGGUUGUGCAGUUGGGCUUCUGUGUUGUGAAGUGAACUGAAGCCCCGCUGUCGGAAAAGGACGUGUUCACUGCGCAGCCGCAGCCACAGAAUAAGGACAGUGUGGUGCGGUGACCUUCUUUCAACACACAGCUGAGAGUUCACUUUUCCUAAAUGUGCACCUGAGUGGUGGCGCGCUGUUCGUGUAGUUUCACUGACUGUUGGCUGGGAAUCAAAUCUAGAAGAAACAGUACAGGUCUCCAUCCUUUCUGUUCCAAACUCACCGUUAACAUGUGUUCCUUUCACUUUAAAGCACUUGAAGACAAGUGCUGUUUAAUUAUUACUGUUACUGUCUCUGCCACCCAUCCCCUCCCUCUUGUCUGGAGCUGUGUGUAACAUUGCCUUACAGCCACCCCUCAUCACAACUCACUGACAUGAUCUUCGGCAGGGAAGUCUCGGUGUGGAAAUUUUCCCAUUGGGUAAUAAAAUCAUGCAAACACUGGUGUUACUGGUUACACCGGACAUUUAACAAGAAAUGAGGCGUGUUUGCUCGGUGUGUACAGCUGAGUGAGAUCUGUAACGUCACAGAUCUCUGCAGGCAGCCUCAGUCUUCUGCUUGCACAUGAAGUUGUGUGCAGUUUUAAAUUAUCUAGACUGUGGCCGUCCUCAUGUCGUUGUUACUUAAUCUGACUAAAAGAUCUUGAAGAAAAAUCCAACGUUUUAUUUAACUUCUAACACCAAAUCUUUACAAUCCCUGUUGUCAGCUCUCUUCAAGUUCUCUGCGUUGUGACUCUUCUGUAGAGCGAGACGUCGUGACCUGAACCUGACGAGACACAAGACCUGUCGGCUUUGUAGCUACUCCGUCGGCUCGGACAGCAAAAUGCAGAGUCACGCUCUACGGAGCACACACUUUCACUUAUUAACUGCACCGUCACACUAAGUAUUGAUAAUUAGUGACGUGGGAGCUUCCACAUGCACAAAAAAAAUGAAUUAGUAAUGGCCACUGAGGGAGUUGUGUAUUCGGUAUGUGCCUGAACACCGUGUAACCAGUAACACCGAUGACCACGGCAGCCCUAAUCGCUGGUGACCUGGCAGCAGAACUGGUGCCUGGUUUGUUUCCGCACCAUGGCUGUCAGUGGAAGCUACAGUGGUGAACGGGACAGAAUGUUGGCAGCUCUGGACAUCACUCCCUCCCUCACCCCAGCCUCACCCCUGCUCCGACUUGUCCUCCAGUGUUGCUUUUCUUGUAGAGAACGUCAUGCCUGCAUCUCACUGUUCCUGGUAUGGGUUUAGUUCACACCUACCUGCAGGGUGUUUCAAUAAGCAGCCAGUCGUAGUUGGCCGGAUGAAUCCAAAUUCACCCUAAAGUGUUUUGUAAACGGUUGUUUUGAUGAAUAACAGUUUAAACAUGGAUCCCAUAGGUAGUUCUGUUAGGUUUUGCUUGCUAACACGGUGCUCAUUGAAAUACCCACAAUUCUACUGACAUUGUAUUUUCUCUUUUAAAAGUUGUUUCUAUUUUUAUUCAUGACAUGUUUUCAUUGUUGCUUUUCUCUCUCCUUGUAAAGUGUCUUUGAGUAUUUAGAAAAGUGCUAUACAAAUAAAAUGUUUUAUCAUUAUCUCCA